AUGUCCGUGGUGUUUGAUUCUCAAGGCCCAAGUCUACAUAACCAUGCUGCGGCUCGGCAAUCUGGCAUUGAUAUGCUGUGUGCACAUCGACUGCCACAUUGGGAGGCCGCUGUGCGCUCGUUGCGCGGCACGGUUGCCACCUACGGGCCUGACCAGGAUGCCCCGCUCCGUCCUACGCUGCCUGCCAAAUUGGUGCUGAAUGGGCAAUUGCCCACGAAAGCCCCUCAGCCGCCGAUAUGCAGGAGGCUUGUGCUAGGCUUUCUUCUCUUUAUCAAAUCCUGUCCUCGAGAACUCUGUUCAUUGCUAGUGGCCACUCCUGACCUGGUUGCAGCACUGCUUCAUCAACCGCAACCGUUGCCGUUCGACUUUGCAGACAAAUAUCUCGGGCAGGGGCGUCCCUUCUCAAAUCCAGCCUUCUCUGCCAAUGACCUCUCCUUCUCGAGCCGAAGGCCUCAAAGCAACCUGACGAGUGGUACGUCAGGCGUGGCGCUGCCAGCAAACCCCAGUCUCGACUUCAAUGGCAAUUCGCUGCUGAGCGAAACACCGUGA